AUGGCUACUAUAGGGCGAAUUAGCCAUGCUUACAUCGUUUUGGGGUUAUUUCAGUUUAUAAUGAGCAUUGUUCUACCAAUCGAGUGGAUCGGCAAUGCCAAUACAGGAACCUUAUGUACGAUUCCCGCUAUAUGUUCGAUAACGUCUUUAGGAUGUGGGCUUAUGGCUUACUACCAUAAUAAGCAAGAAUCAUCGAAAACAUUAGGUGGUGUGGGUAUAUUUUCUGUCUGGAAUCAAGUCAGUGUAAUCACUGCUAUAGUCCGAUAUGCUCAAAUUUUUAACGCCGGAUUGAUACGAUUUGUUACUACCCAAAUGGCUAUUUUUGGUUUACUCAUUGGUGUAUGUGCCGUAACUGUCACUGCCAACUUUUGGAUUAUAAUUACUAUUUAUAAGAUCACUAAAGAAUCUACUGGAUCUGAAAUGUAUUCGGCAGACGGUGAAAUGAGUUUCAGAAACGAAUCCAAAGAUGAAAAUGCUAUUACCCCUGAAGAUAGAAAUCUAUCCAUAGAGAAAUCACGCUGUUCUCUCAAUCUGAUUUAUAGCAUCAUUCAGUUUAUCAAUGGACUUUUGUUAUUUACAGCCGCGAUCGUUUCAACAUUUAGUUCAGGUGGAGGAUACUUUUUUACGUUAAUGUCUUAUCAAGCCGCUGGUGCUCUCUUCACUACAGGUUUUUUUGGCUUUGCUAUUCACGUUAACGGACUACCAGUACUAACUUUCUGGCACCGCAACCUAUUUUUUAUGGCUUCUAUGCAGUCUGCAGGAGCGUUAUGCACAGCUGCAGUAGCUUAUAAACAUCUCUUUGAUGCGAAUUUUGCAACUUCUCAAUUACGUGCUGUAAUUGCUGUGAUUUCCCUCGGUGGCGGGGCUGCUGUGAUUCUGGGCAUAGUUGGUUACUUUGUUGCAGCUAGACAGCAACGAGUCAGUCGAAAAUCUGAUGCUUCCAAUAUACCGAGGCUCCUUUUCUGCUCAGCUUGGAUGAAUGGACUUUUUCAGAUUUUAUUAGGCCUAGUCAUUUUUGCUUGUGCUUGUAUCGGUACUACUCUAACUGUUGGUUACGCUUAUAGUACUAUGAAUUUUAUACUGUCUAGCGUGGUAUUUGCUUCUGGAAUUGCCGCGAUUGACAUGUUUCGUUGUGGUCGUUCGGAUGUGAUAAAAAAAAAAUUUGUUCAAGAGAUUAUCGAUCGUAAAGAUCGUAUGCCACAAGCCAAAACCAUUGGUUAA